AUGGUGUCCAUGCCCUCAGACAUGAGUCAGACUGAAAAGAUUUUCAAGCACAUCCUGCAGCGGGAGUUCCCAGCACCGUGCCAGGCCCUUUCGCGCAAGUUUACCGAGUGGUGUUACGGGCCUGUCCGGGUAUCACUCUAUGACUUGGCCUCCGUGGACAGCUGCGAGGAGAACUCGGUGCUGGAGAUCAUCGCCUUUCACUGCAGGAGCCCACACCGACACCGCAUGGUAGUUUUGGAGCCACUGAACAAACUGCUGCAGGCAAAAUGGGAUCAGUUCAUCUCCAAGUUCUUCUUCAACUUCCUGUGCUAUCUGAUCUACGUGCUCAUCUUCACUGCUGUUGCCUACCACCAGCCAGCCCUGGAGCAGCAGGCCUCCUCAUGGCUGGACUCAUCGCCCAGAACCUCCAUGCUCCUGGUGGGCCACAUCUUGAUCCUCCUUGGGGGGAUCUACCUCCUCCUUGUCCAGCUCUGGUACUUCUGGCGUCGCCGCCUGUUCAUCUGGAUCUCAUUUGUGGACAGCUACUUUGAAAUCCUCUUCCUGGCCCAGGCCCUGCUCACGGUGCUAUCCCAGGUCUUGUGUUUCAUGUCCAUUGAGUGGUACCUGCCCCUGCUUGUGUCCUCGCUGGUGCUGGGCUGGCUGAACCUGCUGUACUAUACACGCGGCUUCCAGUACACGGGCAUCUACAGUGUCAUGAUCCAGAAGGUUAUCCUGCGGGACCUGCUCCGCUUCCUGCUGGUCUACUUAGUCUUCCUUUUCGGCUUCGCUAUAGCCCUGGUGAGCCUGAGCCAGGAGUCCCGGGACCCCAAAGUCCCUGCAAGCCUCAAUGCCACAGAGGUUGCUCAGCCUGGGACAGGACAGGGGGAUGAGGUGGCCCCGUACAGGACCAUCCUAGAUGCCUCGUUGGAGCUCUUCAAGUUCACCAUCGGCAUGGGCGAGCUGGCCUUCCAGGAGCAUCUGCGCUUCCGAGGGGUAGUGUUGCUGUUACUGCUGGCCUACGUUAUGCUCACCUACGUCCUGCUGCUCAACAUGCUUAUCGCCCUCAUGAGUGAGACAGUCAACAGCGUUGCCACUGACAGCUGGAGCAUAUGGAAGCUACAGAAAGCCAUCUGUGUCUUGGAGAUGGAAAAUGGCUACUGGUGGUGCAGGAGGAAGAAGCAGCAGUCAGGCGUUCUGCUGACAUUGGGCACUAGGCCAGAUGGAAGCCCUGACGAGCGUUGGUGCUUCAGGGUGGAGGAAGUGAACUGGGCUGCCUGGGAGCAGACGCUGCCCACAGUGUGUGAAGACCCCUCAGGGCAAGGCAUUUCUGGCACCUUUAAGAAUCCCGGACUGACCUCUCAACACAAGGAAGAGCCUUUCUCACAGGAGGACCACCUGCCCCUCCAGGUCCUCCAGUCCCGUUGAUGGCCAGAUGGAGCAGGAAUCUUUUCAGCCACACCUGCUAGUUCUGGGGCUCUUGAAUUUUGGUGGAAACAUAAAUACUUUUUUCACAACGAGUUCUUUUGGAAGUAUUAUUUCAGCAAACAUUAUUUGCUGAGACCCACGGUCUAACAUCUGCAUGUCUCUAUGUGUAUGCAUCUGGGUUAUGGGACAAGGCUAUUCUCAACUUCAAAACCUCCAGGUACUCUCCCCAGUCCUAGUACUAUCCUCACCCUGGUGGCAGGCUGCUGCCUGAGGUGCUGUGCCUGCUCUCAGGGCAGACUUGGCAGUAAACCUGGGCAAACACAGCUACUUUUCUUUCUUUCUGUACCAUCAGAUAUCAGGUAAAUUCACUUCCAAGCUGGGCAGCUACUUGAGGCAGGAGGAUUUAAGUCUGAGACCAGCUUGGGCAAUUUAACAAGACUUCACCUCAAAAAC